CUUUGGUUGUAGCCAAUCACGGGGCAGAGAUUCCUCCGAGGAAGCAACCGCGGACAUGGCUGAGGAAGGUUGAGGGAGCCGGUUUUUCCAGGUUUCAUUUCUCUCUGGAGAGGCCCAGUUCCUUGUGAACUCACUGCAUGGGAUGGCAAGGGGUCUCUUCACCCGCACCGUUACUGUGGUGUCUCUUACUGUAACUCUAUCUGCAGUUGCUUCUAGGUAUUCUUACUGCCGCUAUUUCUACCCAAUAUUUGAAGCAGCCAGGAUUCUUGCCUGCAGCCCAUUGUCAGAACACUGGUGUCACACUGACGCUGCUAAAAUGUCGACUUGUAAAGAUCCAAAAGAAAAUUUACAUAACAAAGCUAGGACCUCCCCCUAUCCAGGAUCAAAGAUCGAGCGUGCUAAAGUACCCAAUGAUAAGGUUGACUGGUUAGUUGACUGGAAGGACUACAGCCCUGUGGAAUAUACUGCACACUCCGUUUUGGCAGGACCUACGUGGGCAGAUCCAGAGAUUGGGGCCAAAAACUUCUCCCCAAAGUUCAAUGAGAAGGAUGGGCAAGUGGAGAGGAAGAGCCAGAAUGGCUUAUAUGUAGUGGAAAAUGACAGGCCCAGGAACCCGGUAGGCAGGACUGGGAUAGUGGGUCGAGGUCUGCUGGGACGCUGGGGUCCAAAUCAUGCCGCAGAUCCUGUUAUAACUAGAUGGAAGAGAAAUGGCAGUGGCAAUAAAGUAACUCACCCAGUUUCCGGCAAAAACAUCUUGCAGUUCAUUGCGAUCAAAAGAAAGGACUGUGGGGAAUGGGCCAUCCCAGGGGGAAUGGUAGACCCAGGGGAGAAAUUAUCUGCUGCACUAAAGCGAGAGUUUAGCGAGGAGGCUUUGAACGCCUUACAGAAAACUGAGGCUGAGAAGGAAGAGAUGGAGAAACAGCUGAACAGGCUUUUCAGUCAGGAUCACUUUGUGGUGUAUAAAGGGUAUGUGGACGAUCCUCGUAAUACAGACAAUGCUUGGAUGGAGACAGAAGCAGUAAAUUACCAUGAUGAAUCUGGUGAAGUAAUGGACAAUUUGCAUUUGGAAGCAGGGGAUGAUGCUGGGAAGGUGAAAUGGAUUGACAUCAGUGAAAAGCUUAAACUGUAUGCCAGCCAUGUUGACUUUAUCAGGCUUGUAGCAGAGAAAAGAAGAGCUCACUGGAAUGAAACUGACCUUGAUUGCCCUGAUCAAAGCCUAAACUAAAUCUCACACUUGUCAGAUGGAAGAAUUGUAGCUGAAUGAAGUGUGAAUGCCCUUUGAAGAUGCAUUGCUGAUGAAUGAGUUGAAGCUGUAAAGUAUCGGUUGCCAAAGUUAAACAAAGCUAAUUUUCCUUGAAUUCCAGAGAUUUAAACACAUGCUUAACUCUUCCACCCAAAUCAAUGGAGCUUAAAAGUGUUUCACCUUAGUUAUAUCACGCUGUCUCCUUUUAAUCAAGAAAUCUUGCUAAGGGAUUAUAUAAACUCAUGUAGCCAUUUUGUAUGGGGAAAAAUAAAUCCAUAACAGUGUGGUUUUUGUCUGUUAA